AUGGCAGCCUCAACUCCAGCUUCCAAGAAAACCUCAGCCAGAAAGCCCAAGUCCAGCUCAGCUCGCAAACACAGCGAGGUUGAUACCCCUUUAAUGGCGCGCCGUGCUUCUAAACAGCGUAAGACUGCUAGGUUAUCCCUUCCUGACGCUACUUCCCAACUUGUUAAAGUUCCCUCAACUUCAACUACUACCCUUAUCUCCGAUUUGGAUGAAGAAAUGAGCUCACCUCCGGCUCUGAACAAGUCUGCGGAUGAAGUUGUUGAUCAAACUGCCGAUACCACCAUCAACCUGAUCACCGAUGAACCUGGUAAAGCUGAUUCUAACCCUGAAACCUCCUCUGAGACCGGAUCUUACGACCAAGUCUCUAGCGACGAAGAAGAAACCACCCCGCACCAGCCUCCUACUUCUCCUGACGUAGCUCAACCACCAGGCCACGUUAACAUGGUCCCAAUCCCUGCUGAGGUUGUUGACAAAGAUGCUGGAAUUGAAAUCACUGGUGGAUUCGUGAUGAAUAAGGACGAACCUUAUGGUAAAUUAAUCCCUUACUACUUCAUUCUUUAUAAGUUUCCUCAUUGA